UUGUGCAGAAUGAGUCGUGGCGCGAGUGGAGGCCCCAGAACCAAGGCGUCCGUGCUACUGCCUCCCUCUGUUUCUGGAGUCACGUUCUUCCAGAUCAGGGCAGCACAGUUAGGUCCUCGGCAAGACCCCAGCCCUUAUCUCCACUCUUCUCCAGGUGCAGACAUGGCCAAGUCCAAGAACCACACCACACACAACCAAUCCCGAAAAUGGCACAGAAAUGGCAUCAAGAAACCCCGAUCCCAAAGAUACGAAUCUCUUAAGGGGGUAGAUCCCAAGUUCCUAAGGAACAUGCGCUUUGCCAAGAAGCAUAACAAGAAGGGCCUGAAGAAGAUGCAGGCCAACAAUGCCAAGGCCAUGAGUGCACGUGCUGAGGCUAUCAAGGCCCUUGUAAAGACCAAGACGGUCAGGGCUAACAUCCCAAAGGGCAGCAGCCGCAAGCUCAGCCGACUUGCCUACAUCGCUCACCCCAAGCUUGGGAAACAUGCACGUGCCCGCAUCGCCAAGGGUCUCAGGCUUUCGCGGCCAAAGGGCAAGGCUCAAACCCAGGCCAAGGAUGCGGCUGCAGCACAGGUCCCCAAAGGAACACAGGCUGCCAAAGGUACCCAGGCCGCCAAAGGUACCCAGGCUGCCAAAGGUGCCCAGGCCCCCGCAAAGCCUUAAGAAUAGAGAACACUGUCUGCCCGUGUGAGGACAGAAGGACUGGUGUCACCCCUAGGCUGCUGUCUACAGGGCACUGGUGUCUUCCUGUGCUAUUUGUACAAAUAAAUCUGAAGCAGAACCUAUCAGCUCUGUGUCUGAUCCCUGG